AUGUAUGUCCUUCAGUAUCCCUUGAGACCGAGUUACAGGCCCUACGGAGAUCAAGGCGUGCUGGACAGGGUGGAAAUGAAGCCGAAGUCACGACGCCUGAAAUUUGUGUACAAGCUGCAUCAAAACGACCAUUACGCGGACGAAGAUGUGAUGCAGGAAAAGUACGAGCAGCGUCACACGCUGAACUCAACUGUUGUGGCAAAUCCUGCUUGCAGUUAUGCAGUUGGGGUUAUUCGUCAGGGACGUAUGACGCUGACUCCCAUCCGUGCGGUGAAUCAGUUGAGGCCUGACUUUGAGGAUUUUGAGAAGCUGAAGUCCAAGCAGACAGCUGGAGUCACGGCAGACCCAGAAGCACCUGGAGCAGGUGCUGGUGCUUCCGAUAGUGGGGAGGAAGAGCCUGGCCCCAGCGAUGCGGCUGAGGUCCCUUCCAUGGCUCCAGUCCGUGUGGAGUACAUCAGUGGGAAGGGAGCGCAAGGUGACCAGAUGACCACAACAAAGGUUGACACAGAGGAUGCCUGGAGAAGGCUAGAUUUCUUCGAUGCAACUUCGCAGGAAUCUGCUGACAUUUACCUGCAGCACAUCGUCUCUGCCGCCACUGAGGCAUAUGAGGCUGAUAUGGAAGGGUAUGCGCCAGAACAUCCCAAGCUGCAGCCGUUGGAGCUUGACGGAGACAAUGUUUCCUUUUUGAGGUCCAUGUGCGGCCACGCAGAGGAGCGCAAUCAACUCCGACAAAUGCGACAGAAGGCGUCCAUGAACCAGGACGGGCUAAGCUCCUACGUCCUUAGCAAAAUGCCCGCAGAACGGCAGGUGGAAGCAAUUGUGAGACACUUUGGCGUCGCAUCCUUCACACAGCACGUGCGGAAACGCUUGCCGCAAAGCACCCUGCGAAGUAAGGGGUCCGAUCAGGCCCUCAUUGUGAUGCUACGGGACUGUGCUGUGCUUGUCUGCGGAAACUGGGUCUUGAAGUCCAAGCUUGCCAAUUUCGAGGGUAUGGAAGGGAAUGCGCGUGAUCUGCUGCUGGCUCUCCUCAACAAACGGGCGGCUGCCUCUCCACCCUGA